AAGCCUCACCCAUCCACUCCCUCACACACUCACACCUCCUCCAGCCCCAUCACCUCCACCAUGGCUGCCUCCACCCUGUCCGUCUGCUCCAGCGACAUGAGCUAUGACUGUCCAGAGAGCUGCUGCGAGCCCCCCUGCUGUGCCCCCACCUGCUGUGCCCUGGCCCCCCGCCUGACCCUCCUCUGUGCCCCAGUGAGCUGCGAGUCCAGCCCCUGCUGCCAGGCAGCCUGCAGCAGCUCCUGCCCGGCCUUGUGCUGCCAGCAGUCUAGCUGCCAGCCCUCCUGCUGUACCUCCUCCCCCUGCCAGCAGGCCUGCUGUGAGCCCGUCUGCUGCAGGCCCGUCUGCUGCACACCUGUCUGCUGCACACCUGUGUGCUAUGAAGCCUCCCCCUGUUCUACCUCCUCAUGUUGCCAGCAGUCCAGCUGUACCUCGUCCCCCUGCCAGCAGGCCUGCUGUGAGCCCGUCUGCUGCACACCUGUCUGCUGCAGGCCCGUCUGCUGUGAGGCCUCCCCCUGCUGCAAACCCUCCUCCUCCUCCGUGUCCCUCCUGUGCCGGCCCGUGUGCCGCCCCACCUGCUGUGUGCCCACCUCCUCCUGCCAGCCCAGCUGCUGCAGACCCUCCUCCUCCUCUGUGUCCCUCCUGUGCCGGCCCGUGUGCCGCCCCACCUGCUGUGUGCCCACCUCCUCCUGCCAGCCCAGCUGCUGCAGACCCUCCUCCUCCUCCGUGUCCCUCUUGUGCCGGCCCGUGUGCCGCCCCACCUGCUGUGUGCCCACCUCUUCCUGCCAGCCCAGCUGCUGCCGCCCGGCCUCCUCCUUGUCCCUGCUCUGCCAGCCCGUGUGCCCCCGUCCCACCUGCUGCAUCCCUGCCUCAGCCCCAGAGCCCUGCUGCUGACCAGGCACAUCCCCCCAGGGCCAGCCAGGCACCAUAGGGCAAGCCCCCACCACCAGCCUCAUGACCGCCCUCAGGGUUUCUCCAAGAGUUCCAAGCUACAUGGACACCCCCUUGCCCUCUCUGCCCAGGAGUGGGGCCCCCUCAAACUCCAGAUGACCAUGCCUGUGCUCACUGCCCACUCCUCCUGGGACCCAGUGCUCAGGCCUGGGGACCAGGUUUCACAAUCCAGGCCCCAUGGUCUCACCUCGGAAGCUGCUUGAAAACGUAAUAAACUUGACUGCAUCUACUGGUGCUUUACUCUCUUCCGGUCAUUUCUGGUAGCAUUGCCAGCCAGUCUCUACAGAGGCCAGGGCACGUGCACUGCCCUGGUCCUCGCUGCCCUCCUAUCCCUGGCCACACUCCUGGGGGCCACGCCCCAAGCAGGCCUAGCACCCAGGUCCUGUCCUAGGAGCCAGCCAGGCAGGCAGGUCCUCAGCAGCGGCGAGUCGCAGGCACAGGAACUUCACUGCC